AUGCCGAGCGUCCGAUCGGCGGUGUUGGUGGCGCUGCUGGGCGUGGCGUUGCUGCUCUCCGGGGCGUGGCUGCUUAUGCAGCGGCAGAACAUUCCCGUGCUGACCGACCUGAGCGCUGACCGUGUGGUGCUCGAUCAUGGUCUCUCGCUCGACCAUCCAAGCGUGCCCGAGCCGUCGACGACAACCAGCGCCAACGGCUUGGAGGAGGGCGAUGAUGGCGACGAUGACCGGCCCUACAAUGGCGAUCCCAUCAGCGAGCUGACCGUACCUCCAGGUCGCCUUCGCCUGGCCACGUCCCUGCUGUGCCUUGACACUUAUGAGGCCGGGCGCCUCAAGCUCUGGUACUGUUACAAUGAGCAACCGUCCACUCAGGGGAACCAGUUUUGUCGGCAGCUACUGGAUCGCCAUGCCUUUGGCGUGGACUGGACAUUUCCGGGUCCCAGACUUGAGACCAACGACACAAGCCAUUCCGAUCUAUCGGCCACCAGCUUGUUGACGCCUUUACCCAAGCAGGCUCGGCUAGCGCGUGACUUUCGGCAAGGCACCCAGCAUCGUUAUUUGUGCUGGCUCAUGGCUCAUCCCGCCAAACUCCACACGCGCACGCGCGCCGUUCUCAGCACAUGGGGCCAGUAUUGUCACCAUCUGGUUCUGGUCUUGCCCAACCCACACAACGGGCGCUUGCGCCAAGUGACCGUGCCCACCCGAAACGAUGAGCCGUCGCUCGAACUUUUAUACGUUCCCAUUCCGGGCCAACGCGACCGCCGUGUCUACCUCUGGCGCAAGUCGCGGGCCGUCUGGCAAUGGCUCUACGAGGGCUAUGGGACCCUUUUUGACAUAUUUGUACGCGCAGAUGACGAUACCUACCUGAACAUGCCUCAGCUUGCGGCACUGCUUGAGGCCCGGCAAAUCGGGCCCUCCAACGCCACCUUCUUGGGGCGCCGCUAUCAGGUCCAGUACGCAGGCCACAACGUCUCUUAUUACUCGGGGGGAUCUGGGACCAUCCUGACUCAAGCAACUUUGGGACGCCUGGGUCGCGCACUGCAAGACCACGAGGCUCGUCAUGGCGCAGAAGUGGCCGGAGAUGAGGUGGAGGAAGGGGAGCUGGUUGAUGAUGAUGCUGCUCGGGAUCCUAUCCACAACUUUGACACCUUUGCCGACGACAUGGAGUUGGGCCGGGUCUUGGAACAAUUGGGCAUUCCAGUGAAGCAAUGGAGUGAUGCAGCCGGUCGGCGAUUGUUCCUUGGACUGGGCCUCGAUGAUGAGCGACUCAUGAGUCGGGAGCGGGACCCACAUGCAUGGCUCUGGAGUUACGACCAAUCGGCGAAGCAUGGGCGGGAGUGUUGCAGCCCCAAAUGGGUUGGCACCCAUUAUCUAGAUUGGCAAGCCAUGUAUUACAUGCAUGACCUGAUUCUUCUGGGUUGUGAGGGGCACGGGGACGAAGUGUGGUGGUUGGAGGGCAGCUAG